AUGUCCACAAACCACAGGCCGCACUCCGGCUGGCGGCUGGACCGGCUCUGCAGUUCCGGCCAGGGCCAGAUCUACCGAUCUGGCGAUCCCCACUCCCCAGCCGAUGUCGUAAGCCAGAACGCCGCCCGUCUCCCGCCCCCAGGCUGCGCUGCCCGUCGCCUCGUCCCCAGGCAGCGUCGCCCGUCGCUCGUCGCCCCAUCCCCAGGAAGCGCUGCCCAUCGGCCGUCGCCCGUCCCCAGCCUGCGCAGCUGCGUUGCCCGUCGGCCGUCGCCCGUCCCCAGCCUGCGCAGCUACGCCGCCUGUCGCCCCGUCCCCAGCCUGCACCGGCCGCUGUCCACAGCCUGUGUCGCCUAUCUCCCGUCCCCAGGCUGCGCCGGCCGUCGCCCCGUCUCCAGGCUGCAUCGGCCGUCGCCCCGUCUCCAGGCUGUGUCGGCCGUCGCCCGUGCCCAGCCUGCAUCGCCCGUCGCCCCAUCUCUAGUCUGCGUCGGCCGUCUUCCGUGCCCAGCCUGCGUCGCCCGUCGCCCCAUCCCCAGCCUGCGCCGGCCGCCGUCCACAGCCUGCGUCGCCUGUCUCCCGUCCCCUGGCUGCGCCGCGCCGCCGCCCGUCUCCUGUCUCUAG